CGGUGACGCGCAGACGAGGUCAUAAGACCUGCUGACCUUUGACUCGUUCUCACUUUGCACCUGCUGACCCGAGUUGACCUGCUGAAAAGCCUGGCCGCUGACCGAGAGCUGAACUCUUUGGAAAGCAUUUGGGAAACUUUUUGGAUCACCGAGAGGAGGAAGAAGUAGGAGAAAAAGGAGGAGGAGAAGGAGUAAAGGAAAAAGGAGGAGAAGAGGGAGAUUUUUAUUACUUUUUAUUUUGACAGGAGAAGAAAGGGGAGAAGAAGGAGAAUAAGGAGAAAGGGGAGUCGGACCCCCGUCCAACAGAUGCCCCCCACUUCGACCUGCCGUCAUCGCUCGAGUCCCAGAGCAGCACAGAGUCCACUCCUUCCACAUCUGGUGUCAGCGUCUCCAUGAAGAGGAGCAGGGAGGAGAACGAUGAGGAGCAGUAUCCAGCUCAGAGGCCACGGAGGAAUGGCAGGGAGCCUCUCGGGGAGGAGGAGGGUGUUGCUAUCUCUGAGGAGGAGGAUGAACAUCAAGAAGAGGACAUCGUUGUCAAUGAGGAUGAAGAUGACGAUUCCGAUGAGGAGGCUGUCUUCAGUGACAAUGAAGGUGUGGAUGUUCAUCUUCUCCUCUCAGAUAGCGAAAAUGAAGACGAAAACGAAAACGAAGAGGCAUUUGAUGUAUUCAUUUUCUUCCUUGCCAUUAUUGGUGAUGAUGAGGAAGAUGAAGAAUACGGGGACUAUCUUUUUCCAGGUUUUGUUCAAAAAGGAGGAUGAUGAGAAAGAUGAAGAUGCAGAUUCUGGCUAUGCCUCCAUGUCAUCGGGGGAAAAAGAUGAAGAUGAUGACAUCUAAUGAGGGCCAUGAAGACUGACAAUUGGAAUCUGAGACCAUCUGAAAUCUGUCCAAUCUGGAGAGCAGCUGAAGCCUCACACAGCCUUGGAGUCUAGCACAGACACAGACAACAUAAUAAAGGAAAGAGGGACAACA